GGACAUGAACGGAAGGGAGACAGAAAACACAGAAAAGGACAGCUUUACGCACGCGGAGCGUCUGUUUGGGCGCGAAACAAAGUAAAGCUAACCGGAUAAUAAACACUAAUUCGUUUUAUUUUCUCCUUGGACAUGUUUCCGCUGCCGGAGAGCGCUGUUUAGAUUGUGUUGUGGGAAGAGGAGGAUGGUCUCUGUGCUGUAGAAAGCCUGUGUUAUCUCUUUCAGUUUUUUUUUCGGCUCUGGAAAUCACUGGAAGUUCAUCUGCUUGACGUUUUUAUGAGGAGACGUUCAAUGCAAAUGCGGUAGGUGACUCCUGGCUUCGGUUCAACUACUAAACAACACUUGAAACACAGCUCUCUCUCUCUCUCUCUCUCUUUUUUCCUCCCACAUUGUGUAGCGGACUGGCUGUGUUGUGUGUACUCUGAGCGCCGCUGAAAUGUGAGACACUGGGGAAGUCGAUACAUGACAAACCGCUGCAUCCAGCUGUUUCAUUCGCCGCUAUCGUAACCUUUCGCUGACACCGUUUGGAUUGGAUAUGCCGAGCAAACUUUUUAAGAAUGAAGAGAAGAAAAUUCCCAUAGCACGCCUCUGUUUUCUGGUUCCAUCGCCGCUGUCUGCUCAAGUGGAUCUGUGGGAAGGGUGUUAUUAUUUGAGUCUUUUUCAAAAGCUUCAUCAUUUCCAUGUUGAGAAGACAGGAGAGCUGACAUGCCUCUGGAACGGGGAUACAGUGUGGUGACACAUUGCGAUUAAUACAAAGUUGUGAAAUUUGCCUAAUAACCGAGCUGAGAGUGAAUGAUAAAGACAUCCGGCGCUGGUAGGGAAGCGACCGUAUAGUGCCUGCUGCUUGUGCGCCGUGAACAGCCGCUCUCAGCCCGCUGUGAAGCAGUUUCGUGGACUCCAGUUUGUUCGUCGGGUGGGAAACGCGCUCCGGAGCCGAUAUGGAGGAGUGGAGACAAUGCGGGCGGUGGUUGAUAGACUGCAAGGUCCUGCCCCCGAACCACCGGGUCGUGUGGCCCUCGGCGGCCGUCUUCGACUUGGCACAGGCCCUGCGAGACGGGGUGCUCUUGUGCCAGAUGUUGCACAACCUCUCGCCGGGAUCAGUGGACCUGAAGGAGAUCAAUUUCAGACCCCAGAUGUCACAGUUCUUGUGUUUGAAGAACAUCCGGACGUUUCUCAAGGUUUGCCACGACAAGUUCGGCCUGCGCAACAGCGAGCUGUUCGACCCUUUUGAUCUCUUCGAUGUGCGGGACUUCGGCAAGGUCAUCUCCGCUCUGUCGAGAAUCUCCCACCACAGCAUUGCACAAAUCAAAGGCAUCAGGCCCUUUCCAUCAGAGGACACAGCUCUCAAUGAAGAUGAUGUGUACCGGAGCCUUGAAGAGCUGGCAGAUGAGCAUGACUUGGGCGAGGAUGACAUCUACGACUGUGUGCCGUGUGAGGACGACGGGGAUGACAUCUACGAGGACAUCAUUAAGGUGGAAGUACGACAACCCAUGAAAAUGGGUAUGACAGAAGAUGACAAGAGAAAUUGCUGCUUAGUGGAGAUCCAGGAGACUGAGGCCAAGUACUACAAGACUUUAGAGGACAUUGAAAAGAAUUACAUGAUCCCUUUGAAGCAUGUCUUGAGUCCACAGGACAUGGAGGCUAUCUUUGUGAAUCUUGAGGAUGUCAUCAAAGUCCACUUUGCCCUCCUGCGAGCCAUCGACUUGAACAUGGUUAGUGGAGGAAGUGGCCUGGGAAAGAUCUUUCUUGACUUCAAGGAAAGGUUGUUGAUCUAUGGCCAGUACUGCAGCCACAUGGAGAACGCCCAGAAGACACUGGAUGAGCUAAUAGCAACACGCGAAGACAUUAGGAUUAAAGUGGAGGAAUGUACUAUGAAAGUACAGGAAGGCAAGUUCAAGCUGCAGGAUCUUCUGGUGGUUCCCAUGCAGAGGGUGCUGAAGUAUCACCUACUACUGAAGGAACUUUUGACUCACUCAACUGAUCGACCAGAGAGACAACAACUCAAAGAGGCUCUGGAGGCUAUGCAGGACCUGGCCAUGUACAUCAACGAAGUCAAGAGGGACAACGAGACACUGAAGAAAAUCAGUGAAUUCCAAAGUUCUAUAGAAAAUCUUCAGGUGAAACUGGAGGAAUACGGGAGACCAAAGAUAGACGGAGAGCUGAAGGUUUGUUCCAUCGUCAACCGAACAAAACAGGACCGGUAUAUAUUCCUGUUUGAUAAAGUGGUCAUUGUCUGCAAGAGGAAAGGCUAUAGCUAUGAGCUCAAAGAGAUUAUUGAACUGCAGAUGUAUAAAAUGUCAGACGACCCCAUGAACAACAGAGACAUGAAAAAGUGGUCCUAUGGUUUCUACCUGAUCCACCUGCAAGGGAAGCAGGGCUUCCAGUUCUUUUGUAAAACUGAGGAGACGAAGAGGAAGUGGAUGGAGCAGUUCGAUAUGGCCAUGUCCAACAUCAAGCCAGAGAGAGCCACAGCCAAUCAGCAUAACUUCCAGAUGCACACAUUUGAUAAGAACACAAACUGUCGAGCCUGCAAGAUGUUGCUGAGGGGCAUCUUCUAUCAGGGCUACUUCUGCUCUCGUUGUGGAACAGGAGCACACAAAGAGUGUCUGGAAGUGAUCACCAUCUGCAAAAUUAAUCCUCAUGACUUGGAACCUGGAAUGUCAUCAGGUCCCAAGAUGGUGGCAGUGAGGAACUACCACGGCACACCAGCACCUCCAGGGAAGACGCCUCUCUGUUUUCAAACAGGAGAAUUUAUAGAGCUGCUAAAGGGAGAUCCUGACACCACGUGGUGGGAGGGAAAGCUGAUACAAACACAAAAGAGUGGCUUCUUCCCCAGUUCAUGUGUAAAACCUUGUUUGGACCCAAAGCCAUUCCCGUCAUUAUCUAGCCGGCAGUCCUCAAGGGAAGCAGACUACUAUGGAUAUCCUUGGUUUGCAGGGAACAUGGAGCGCCAGCAGGCCGACAACCUCUUAAAAUCUCACAGCAGUGGGACCUACCUUAUCAGAGAGAGGACAGCUGAGGCAGAGCGGUUUGCCAUCAGCAUCAAAUUCAAUGAUGAAGUGAAACACAUUAAAGUCAUUGAAAAAGACAGCUGGAUUCACAUCACUGAGGCCAAGAAGUUUGAAAGUCUUUUGGAGCUGGUGGAGUACUAUCAGACCCAUUCACUCAAAGAAAGCUUCAAGUUGUUAGAUACCACAUUGCGAUAUCCCUACAAAUCGAGAGAACGCUCGCUAACACGGGCCAGCACACGCUCACCAGCAGCCACCUGCGCCUCCUACAACUUCUCCUUCCUCAGUCCACAGGGCCUCAACUUCUCUUCUCAGAGCUCAGCUCCCUUUUGGUCAGUGUUUACUCCUCGGGUGGUCAGUACAGCAGUGGCCAGGUAUAACUUUGCAGCGCGAGACAUGAGAGAACUGUCACUGCGAGAAGGAGACAUCGUCAAAAUCUACAGCAAGAUCGGGGGAGACCAGGGCUGGUGGAAAGGAGAGGCCAAUGGACGAAUCGGAUGGUUUCCCUCAACUUAUGUGGAUGAAGAAGGAGUGCAGUAAAGCUUGGAUGUUGCCGACCUGGCUCCCUUCAAAUCAGGAACCAUCUUCUAUCUACUGUUCUCAGAGAAAAUCACUCACUCUCUCCAGGAAAAAAAAACUUUUUUGUUGUUGUUUUUGCCCAGAUACUCUUUUUUUUUUUUUUUUUUAAUCCAGCAAGCGUUGCUCUAUCUUCAGUUAUGCAUCAGCUUUGCUUUUGUUUGUAUUUUUCGCAGGAUGUCCUGUUUCAUUUCUGUACAGGAAAGAAGAAGAAGAAGAAAAAAAACUUUGUUGCUGUGUGUCAGCCUCUGUGUGCUCUGCAGUGGCUUUAUUGAACACAGCAGGAAGUGACUGUGGAUAGCUUUACUUUGAAAAGGCUCCCCUUUGUUGCAGGUCUAUGCGAGGUGAAAUAAUUGUACAGUAUAGAUAAUUUAUUGAAUAGAGAUUAUUAUCAUUACUAAUGAUUAUUGUGGGAAAGUUGAUUUUAGUAAAGAAUCAGACAAGAUAAAACUAAAUUAAGGAGGAAAAAAAAAAGACAGACGCUCAGUUUUCAUGUCGAGAGAUUUUGCCUUAGUUGUCAUGGUAAUGCCUUGUGGGCUGACACCACCGGAGGGAAUCGACUUUGUUGACUGGUUUUACUUCUCAUGUAUGCAUGUGCCCAUGUGCGGCCCACACAAACACACACACACACAUACAUACACACACACAC